AGUACGUCGCUUGCCAGCAAACCUUUCAGUUGUCGGAAGCCAGUUAUUUGUUUACUGUUUUCGCUUGAAAAACUGUUUGACGUGUAUUGACACUGUGGAUGGACGUGAAUGUAUAUAUAUAAGUAUCUUGAAUUUAUGAAGGAUUGUCCUCACAAGAAUUUAAUUGUUUGAACGUCCCGCCAGGGGUGGUUGCCUCAGCGAGGGCCAUGAAGAUAAACGAGAAGAACCUGGCUGCGUUCGCGACGUCUGCGACGCCCGUGGACCGCGAGGGCUGGCUGGUGAAGCGCGGCGAGGUCAACAAGGGCUACCAGAGGCGCUGGUUCGUGCUCAAGGGUAACCUGCUGUUCUACUACGAGAAGCGCGGUGACCGCGAGCCGGUGGGCGUCAUCAUCCUGGAAGGCUGCACUAUCGAGCUUGCCGAGGAUGAGGAGCAGUUCGGGUUCAAGGUGGUGUUCCACGGGACAGGCAACCGUAGCUACGUGCUGGGGGCAGAGUCCCAGGAGAGCAUGGAGCAGUGGAUGAAGACCCUUGCGUGUGCCUCCUACGACUACAUGAAGCUCAUGGUCGCCGAGCUGCAGCGGCAGCUGGACGAGAUGGAUGAGUGCGAGACCGUGAACGCCAAUAACCAGGCAGCGGCCUUGAGGUGCGCAGACGACGUCGGCACGGAGGCCCCGGGAGGCCGGCCAUGCGAAUCGCCCAGGCCCCCUCCCCGCCAGCGGCACAACCCGUUCAACCGCACGGACUCGGGGGCGCACCACCACCAGCCAUACCGGUCACACAGCGUGCGCUCGGCUCCGGGGCGUGCAGACUCGGGGGCAGCGGAGAACGUCCCGCGCACCAAGGUCACUUUCCGGGAGCUGCACACGGCAUACGGCCGGCGAGUCCUCAGCGACUUCAACACAUGGAAGUACAUGAAGCGGGCGGAGCAGGAGAAGAAGGUGGACAGUGCCACUCAAGGUCUCCUAAUCACUUUGUAAGAUCGCGACCAGACUGAUUUAAAAUCUUUGAAUGAUUUUCCAUCACACCGUACCUAGCAAAAAAUUGUGAAGUAGUCUUGUGGAAAAAGUUUUACAAGCAUAUUUUCAUACUUGUUUUUAAUUCCUGAACAGACAGGGGAAUAGACAGUAUUUAAUUUAGCAGAGAGAUAUUUAAUAGCACUUAAUCAAUCUGUAGGCCAGUUUUCCCUAUCUGAAUUUCUAAGUACCUUGGAAAAGUUUUUAAUAGUUUUACUGUAAAAACUAUUUAUGUUUUGAAAUUAUGGGAUUAAAAACUAAAAACGUGUUUAUUAUAAGUGUGUGGAGAGGUUAUAAUGUUGGAUCUUCCUUGUUAAAUUGGAUAGUCGGACUUCCAUUGGAUAGGCAGCUCCUGUCUGUAGUCAACUAAACUCAAGGUUUUGAAGGAAAAAAUUUUCAAGAAUGAAAACAGUGUUUUCAAAGGGGUAGGAGAAACUAUUAGUCAAAAUAUUUACUUGAAUCUGAGAUGUCAUCAAUUCUACGACACAUGUCUUUUUGAUACUUUAUGUCUCGUAAUGAAAAAUUCACCUACAAAUAUAAUAUGCACUUCAGUUCUAAUAAAUUGUUCAUUAUCUUUACACAGCUGCUCAGGCUGUACUGGUCAACCUUGCAUUAAUUUGGCUGUUCAACAACAAAUAAGUUGUUCUUUGAUGUGUGAAGUGCACUGUGUCUUCCUGAAAUAAGUAGGAAUCUUGCUUAUACAGUGCACCUGUAGUUAUCAACAUUUUAUUCUACAUUGACAGUUCUUUAGCCACCUUUUUUUUUGUGCUACAUUUUGAGUUAUUGAAUUAUUUAUAAUAGUCUCUAUGUUUACUUAAAACAGUUGGUGUUUUCGCUAAAAUGCAAGCAAUAUUUAUCAUUAUAAGUCACACUUAAUUCUCAGAUCUCAAAAACAUGAUAACUUGAUGUGUCUUAACAAGUUGAUAAAUUCGGUUAAUGUAAGAUGCCAUUGAUUGUAAGGUGCACCCUAUUUUCUAAACUGAAAAAUAACAAUAUUACGUAAAAUCUUAGAACUGAGUAUAAAUUUGGCACCAAGCAAGUAUGAAGGGUAUUUAUCACAGACACUGACAUUCCUUAUAAGAAAAUUUAUUUAAGGGUGCAUUGUGUGAAAGAAGAAAAACUUUUCCCCUUAAUAUCCCCUUUAUUAUUUUGUGCCAAAGAAUAUGCUUCACUUAAAAUAUAAAAUUUUGAUGGUUAAAUGGUUACUUUAACAUGGUCUCCUAGAAAGGUGUGGACUGUCUUUAAUGCAGUAGCUUUGAGAAUCUCACCAGUUCAGCUGAUGGAUUGUUUUCAUAAAUUUUACCUGAUAAAAGUGUACAGAUUAUGAUGUGAAUGUGUAUUCCCUGUGCAAUUCGUUGUCCUUAAAAUUUUCUUCCCAGAGCUUGAUUACAUACACAACACUGCUCAACUAGGGUAGGUAAAUAUGUUUAGGUAAUCAUAUUUAAAAAAAUUUCAUGAUUUAAAAGAAAAAAAAUGCUGGUCAGGUUCCACAGGGGUCAAUUAUACAGCUCGAACUGUAAUGUUCUUGUUUAUGUUCUCUGUUCGAUAGGAUGGGUCUUUAUUUGCAUUCUGAAAGCUAUGGCAUACAUACGGGCAUAUAUUUUUCACGAAAAGAUUUUGAAACUAUGUAGCUGUGUGUUAAAACAUUGUAGCAUCGUCUGUGUUUCGUGAAUGGUUGAGUUUCUCUCAGGUACAUGUCUAAUGUGGGCACACGAAUAGCAGAAAGUUUGUGUGUAAGCAAAUGUGUCCUGACUGGUCAGGUAAAAGGUGGCAAUGGCUGCUCUUGAGGAUGGUCGCAGAUUACAACAAAGAGACUGUUGGUGCACGCAUACCUUAUUGUAGUCUAACAACUCCUCAGAUUGUUUCGAGAAAAAUAAAUGCCCCUAGCCAUACAACACAAAAAAAUCAGUUUGUACAUUUUUUUAGCUGUUGAUAUUUCUACUAUGCAUGAUAUGUGAUUGGCCAUCUUUUUAGCCAUGGUUUGUUGACAUCAAACCAACCAAACAAUCACAAGUAAGCAUAGGAGAUUCAUAAUUAUGAAAACUUUUCAGUUUGAAUGAGAAAUAACUAGAAAUGUUCGUUUUCUGUAAAUUAUUUUUGGGAAAAUUUUUUGAGUUAUACUUUCACACAAACAAAUUUUAUCAACCGUUUUAUACAAACAUAACUAAAGAAAAAAAAAAGUUAGCUAUUAUGUAGUAAAGAAAAACAAAAUGUACAAUACGUAUGGGCAUACUCUACAGUUCUAUAGGUACUUUUUAAGUUAUAAGUUUUUACCUGCUCUGUGGUAAUAUAAUUGUAUAUAUUGGUAUAAAAAGUGUGUAAUAGUACUACAUACUAUCUUGUAUCAACCUAUCUUAAAUUAUAUAAAUCUUUUUAUUGGAAAAGAAAACUAUAUUAAAGAAAAAUAAUGCAAAAAUUUUCCCACUUACAUCUAUAAUCUAUAAAUAACCCUGAUUGGAGCACGUUUAGAAUUUAUGUAACCACUUGCUGAGCUAAAUAUAUUUAAAUUUCAGUGUUACCAUGGCUUUAGAAUAUGUUUUGCUGAUAAACCCAGAGGUGCAGAAACAGCAUGUUUUUGUGGUUAUGUGUAAAUUGCUUGUAUUUGUAAUUCCUUUGUGAGAUGUGUUACUCCUUAAGGUACGAUUCCUAAGGCGCGACUCUAGCCGCGCGGUUAUCGUCGCGCGGCUCGUGAGGCUGCCCCAUUCCUAAGAAGCGGCUGAAAACUAUACUUAAUGCGGCGCGACCACAGUGCAGUUCCAGUUGUUGUAGCAAUGGAUGAAUGUAACGUUGUUAAAUGGUUACUGCUGGAUGAAGAAGAAAAUGAAGAACUGAUGACGCUGUUACUGAGUCACAACAUCAAAAACAUUGAUGCACAUGUGAUGUUUAAAGCAAGACGAGAAGAGGGAUUCUACACAAUCCUUAUUAACAGACAAUGAAAGACAACGCAAAAUUUCGGGAGUUUUUCCGUUUAAAUGUAAGGCAGUUCAUUUUAUUUUGGGACUAGUGGAAGAUGACGUCAAAUGUAAGUCGUGCAACAAAGUACGAGAACCAAUAACACCUGCAGAGAAACUGGCCAUAACAUUAAGGUAAACUGUUGAACUUAAUUAUAAAUUAAAUAUAACAUAACCACUCACGUCAAUAUUAACCUUAGUUAUAAAAUUUAAUUUUUAAAAUAAAUAUUAGUAUAAGGAAUUGUAACUUUCAAUUGCCAUAUUAAGUAGAGCGAAUAAAAUUGCUUAAAGUACAAUUAUCUUGCAUAAAGUAGUAUGAGAGAAAUAUAAAGACAAAGCACACUGUCAAUACAACUGUGGAGAUGACACGAAUUGAUCAGUUUUGUAUGUUAUGACAUAUUUAACAUAUACGUUUCGUUUUUUUCACUGACAAAAGGAUUGUUGUAUUGGAAGGAACCUUGUAACAAUGACUGUGAUUGGUGUGUUUCGCCACUAUUUGUAACAUCAUCAUAGUAAUCACUCGCCGAAUGACUAGGACAUGAAGUGUCCGACAAAGUGGAUGAAGAUCGUCCAGGAGCUCCUAAAGGAGACAUGUUUGUGUGCUGUGCCAUCUCCAGUGCUCUUAUUUCUAAAUCUGACACAACACUGCAGAUGCGCAUCUUAGCUUGUGCGCAUAGAGAGGGUGGUAGCUGUUUCACUGUUAGCGCCAUACUUCUGAAGAACACAUUAGUUGCAUCAUCUUCACGUUCCGUUAUUUUACUUCGAUUAAGAGCUUUCAGGAUCUCCUCUAGUUCAUUAGAUAUUUUUUUUAAGUAUAUUCAAUACCUUUUGAUUUGUUUGUUCCACUGAAUGCUUGCGUUUCUUCACGCCGAAUCCAGAUGUACUAGAAGUAGGUUUGUUAGCCUCUGAAAUAUUUUAUAUUGUCUCAGUUACUUGCAAAUGAUCUUGAGAUGCUUCUAUAUAUAUCGGACUACGUGGUAGGGUUUCCAAGAAUCUCUUCAUAGGCACUGGGUGUGUUUCAUGUCCGUUUUCGUUAGUUGUGUCGUUUUCCUCAUGGCUUGCUGUACGAGAAGAACAAUUUAGAUAGUCUUGGUUUCUCUGGGCAUUCUGUGAUACUUUGGAGACGGAUUCAAUAUCCUGUGAGAUGUCUUGAAAGGAUUCAAUAGUCUGCGAGAUGUCUUGAAAUGAUUCAACAUUCUGUGAGAUGUUGGUAAUGGUCCUGAAACAUUUAUGUAUAUACGUUACAUAACAUUACAAAUAUACAUAUACAUAUAUUUCUUGCGCAACAAUAUAUUAAAGUUUGAUGAAAGGACGUACAUUAGUUGUAUCGUUUAUGUUUUAUUUGCAAUAAAAACGAUAGUGAUUUUUUCCUAAAGCUGUGAAUUUUUCUAUUUGUUUCUAACAUUUCAAACAAUAUAAAAGUGUUAGCACCAAUAAGCUUUAUUUAUCAGGAACAUGUCACUUUUUUUUUGGUGCUGGGGUAAUCGAAAUACCCACCUUGGUAAAUCAUGCAUUGAAUAAUUGUUUAAUGUUUUAUCUUUUAUUAGGUUUUGUAAUAUUGUAAGAAUGUAAUUGUUUGGUUAUCAAGUGAUACGUUUCUUUUUACGAGAAAGGUAAAUAUAUUCUUUUUUAUAUUUUAUGGCCUAAUAAAAUAAUGACUAUUCUAAAUCCUAUCUAAAAUGUAUUGCUUACACCUUUGUGUCUAAGGAUUCAUAAAUGGCUAAAAAAUACACACCUGAAGAGAUACAACAAAUACUAGGUAUAGAUGUUCCAAGUAAUCUUACAACUGAAGAGAGGGAAAUAGUACUUACUGUCCUUCAUAACGUACUGCAUCUAGGAAUGAUAGAGCAUCAGCAAGAGGCCACUUUGUACGUUUGGCAUUUGCUGCUGACCCUGUCCCUAUUUUGCUUUCCUUCUUGCACCUGUUUUACGUAUCUUUCAUGAUCUUCCACCUUUUCUUACACAUAUCACCUGGAAUCAAUAAAAACAUAUUUGAAUUUACAGAGUGUAAUAUGUAAUUGCUUAGACAAAGAUACUCUGUAUUAAUAUAUCGUAUUGUAUUUCAGGUUUAUGUCCACUGGAGAGUCCUUCAGAUCGUUCUCGUUUGCAUUUCGCAUUACAGAAAGCUACAUAAGCCGCAUUGUGAAAAAAAACGCUGAAUGCGUUAUCGAGGAAACUUCCUCCGAUAUUGAUGCCAAACCCUACCAAAGAAGUCCUUCUUGAAAAAGCAGCAGAGUUCCAGAAUCUGUGGAAUUUUCCUAACUGUGUAACAGCCAUUGAUGGGAAACACAUUCGAGUCAAAUGCCCCGCUAAAAGUGGGUCUGUAUUUUAUAACUACAAGGAUUACUUUUCAGUGGUUUUACUUGCUGUUGUAGACGCCAACUACAAGUUUGUUGUUGUUGACAUUGGUUCUUAUGGUAAGGAAGGUGAUAGUGGGGUUCUUGAGAAAUCAGCACUGGGAAGAUGUAUCAGAAGUGACGGCUUUUUCCCACCUGCACGACGUUUGCCCGGCUCGGACAUUGUUACUCCUUAUGUACUCGUAGGCGAUGAGGCAUUUCGUUUGAGUGAUUACAUGAUGAAACCGUACACAAAACCUGAGGCGCGAGAAGAAGACCCAAAGCAGUCCUUAUUACAGGCUUUCCCGAGCAAGGAGAGUUUCAUAAAAUAGCUUUGCAUUGUUAAGUCAGGUUUUUAGAGUAUUUUACACGCCUAUUGCCAUUCAUCAUGAAACUGUCAAUGCAAUUAUUAUGACAGCUUGCUGUUUGCAUAAUUUACUUCGCGAUGCCUACCUAGAAAAUGACAGUCGAUGCUACUACAAAUACGAUCCUUCAGUGCCUGCCCUUGUGGACAGCAUGAUGCCAUUGGUUAAACCUGGUGGAUUCGGAAAUUUAGAGGGAUUUGUGGUGAGAGUUAAUUUUAAGAUGUACUUCAACAGUCCACAAGGCCGUGUAAAAUGGCAAUACAGUUCAGCAAGGAAAACUGAUGUUUUUCAUUAGUAUAAAUUGUUAAAUGUAAACAAAAAAAUUCAUUACAUGUUACACGUGAAUUAAUGCGUAAUUGUAUAUGAAUAUAUAUAAACUUAGCAGUAAAAUAUAUAAGUAUAAUACUUUAAUAUAAGCUACUUACUUGUUCUUCCCAUUCGUUUUCCUAUUUUAGCCCACACAUUUUCCCGUACAUUUUGAUGCUGAUACUGUGAAUGCUUUAAAUCAUGCAAGCAUGGAUGCUGGCUAACUAACUCAGCAAGCACUACGUCUUCUGUACUUGAAAAUGCCAUGUGUAUGAUGAGCAGCUCGGUCCGCGGCGCGCGACGGAAGCGACUGGACUGGUCCCGCCACCAGUCGGGUCGCGUCGCGCUGCGCAGCCGCGCGCGGCCAAGCUGCAUCAUGCUGCGCAUGCGCAGAAGCUCGUGACGCUCUGCCGCGCGGCUAGCAUCGCGUGAGUCGCGCCUUAGGAAUCGUACCUUUAGACAGUACAUUGUGACAGAGACAUUUACCCGGCACAUAAAAUGUUGCUCCAGCAGGAAAAGUUUUCAUUUCAUGAAAUUUUCAGAUAAAUGCUAAAUAAUUUCUUCUAAGUUGUAAGUAUGAAACAUAUAAAGAUAUUUUUGAGAAGAGGAAAUACCAUUGAGAUACAUAUAAUAUGUGCGAUAACAGUGUUACAGACCUCAAAAGUUUCAGGACUAAAUGAAAUGCAAAAAUCUCUAUGUUUGCAAUCUUAUGAUAAAUUCUAAAAUUUUAAAACUUGUGCUGGAAUAGUAUGCAGUGUGACAGCAAAAUAUUGCAUUUUGUGAGCAUAUAGUUUUAGUUUUAGGUGAGGGACAAAAAAAUAAUGAUUAUAUGUAAAAUGUUUUUUUUUGUCAUAUUUGCAGCACACACAUGAACACCAUUACUAUUUACAAUUAUUUUGUAAUCAACAUUUUUAAGAGAAAUACAUUUGAAUAUAAAUUGAAUGUUCAGCCAUAAAAAUCACUGCUUGAACACAUUUAAAAGAUUUCACGGGUAACUUUAGUACACAAAACUCUUAAACAUUUAUAUGAAUUAUCAGUGUACUAGUUCAACCAUAAUUUGAAACAACCCGAUCCAAAUAGCGUUCACGAAUUUUGUCACACUGUUGUCAUAUGAUUGAACAGGAAAUUUUUUAACUUUUGCACCUUGUUUUUAGGUACUGCCACUUUUAGUGUCUGUGUUAAUGGUAUCACGCAUACAUACAUUUACAUAUUACAUUCUUAUAAGAGAAUACGUGUAUGCAGCAUGCUUUAUAAAUAUUAAUGUUACUCUGUGUAGUUAGUGCUUUGUUGAAAAAAAUGUUAUGGUACUUAUUUAUUGUAAAGAAAAUGUCUUUGUAUUGUAUAAAACUAUAAAGCAAUUGUUCUUAAAGGUUGGAAACAACUCGUUUUCAGCCAAAGUUAAUCUAUGUUAAUGGUAGUUAAUUUGUAUAGAUGCAAAUUUUUGAGUAGACAACGGAAAAAUGUAGUUGGUGACCUACCAUCCACUUAAUAUUUGUAGGAACGUUUUGCCUAUGAGAUGCUUUCCUUUUGAAGACUUGAUUAUCUUUUCAUUUUCUAUCUUUAUUCCCCAUUCACAAUAAUACUUUUGAUAUAAAAGAAAAAGCAGAAAAAAAUAUUUUUUGUAGUUCAAGGAAUAUUUUUGUCACUUCCAUUUUUAAGCAUUAUGAUGUGUAAGCAAAUUUUUGUGUUUUCAGCUGUGAUGUCAUUCAAAUGUAUUUAUUUGUUGUAAUUUUGUAUCAACUUGGGCCAAAAACUGGACCCAAUUUGUUUGCAACUAAAAUAUUAAUUAGCUAGUAAUUUUGGAGUAAAUGUUGAUUGAUUAUAUUUAUUAGUAUGAUAAUUAAUAAACUUUAUGGUUUUCAUUAAAUUGCAAUACUGCAUUGUAAUAAGAAUAAAAUAAAGUAAUUAAUGUCUUUGUAAUGAACAGUUUUUUUACUACAAAGGAUGCUGCAAUGAGAUUACAUUGUAAAAUUAUCGGGCGAUGCGAGGACAAAUUUUUUAGUUUGUAUCAGUCGUCAUAGAUGAAGUUCUAAGUCCAGGCCUAAAACAAAUUCCAAGUCAAAGAUCCCUUAAAUACUUGCUACAAUAACAAAAAUGUAAAUAAUAGGGUCCCUACAAAAUAAAACAGGAGCUUGGAAGAUUUUAAAACAAAGGUUAUAAAAUAUAUAAAGUGUAAUAGUAAUUUUUUAAAUUCCUUUAGUACCUAUUUAACUAGUGAAAAUUCUAAUCCACUUUUUCAAAAUCUAAAUCUCAAAUGUGAUGCCCAUAGAAGAAAAAAAAAAAGCAAGAAAAUUAAUUCUAUAUCUUGUCAAUAAUAUAAUUUAUGAGCAGAAAUUUCAGCUUAGGAGAAAAAGUCAGCCAAUUACCAGGGAUGUACCUAGACUAAUUUCUAGGGAUGUGUGGGUAACCAAUAUUUUCUGGUACAAUUCGAAUCCAGCACUAUCAUCUUUGUACAUACAUGGAUUCGAACAGUAUCACGGAUAUUCACAAAUGUUAUAAAUUUAUUUAAUAGGCUCAAAAAUACUAGCAGUGAAAAAUCAAUUAGGCUACUAUUACGUAUGUAUUUAUGAUAUGAUGUAUCAAAGAAAGAAACGUAAAUUAAAUAAUUAACACAGUGACAUUUAAAAAGUUUCGAGAUUUCGAGAGCUUAAACUCUAAUUAUGAAUAUAGUCGUAUAGCAAAUAGAAACUAAAAACAAUUACAUACCUAGUACCUACAAGUUACCAACCUUUUUUUUAUUCUUAUAUAAAUAGUUGUAAGCAUGUUGUACUAGCCUAUAUAUUUAUUAUUGUGAACCAUAUUAUUGAUAAUAAAAUUAGAUUUAUAAAUAAAAGUAACCCAACAUAUUUUGCUUGAUUUGCAGUCAGUUACAGUAAUCAUAGAAUAUUGCAUUAUUUUUAUUUAAAAAAUACUGCUUUAGCUUGCUUACAUUACCGCUACAACUAAGUUGUAACAUAAAUGAAUAUGAUAUACAGUUAAUUAUGUACUUCAAACUGCACCAAAACAUAUCAAUAUAGGUCUAUCUAUAAAUGAGCUGUCAUUAAGCAUUCAUGUAACAAAAAACUUGUGAAAACCAAUUGAAUUAGGUAGGCCAAGUAAGGAAUAUUUGAAACUUGCUUCAUGUUUUGGUUUUCAUUGUUUAGAGUGUUUAUUAUUAAUUAAGUUUACAUAAUCAGUGUAAGAAAUAAUUGCCAGUAGUUACAGUUAGAAAAAAAGAGAACACACAUUUUUUAAAUUAAUCAGUUAUUUUUAAUUAUUCUGUGCUUCAUGUUUAAAAUCAGAUUCAUAUCUCAAAUAUUGCCAGGGAUUCGAAUCUGAUUAGAACCGAAUUGAAAAUCAAGGAUUCGCACAUCCCUACUAAUUUCCACCCAGGGCAAGAACUCAUCUUGACCACCCCCUCCCCCCCCCCCCCUUUUUUUUUUUACCAAAAGCAACCAACCAAACCAAACCCCUUUCCGAUAGCACCUGAUAUCGCCACCACACAUUAAUUCCACUAUUCCCAAUAAUUUUUGUUUAACUUCAAUGGUAAAUAAAUAUAUUUAUUUGCAGUCAUUACAUUUUUUGCAUAUGAUAAGAUAUUCUAAGAUACCUAUUUUCUUGACCAACAAUCUAAGAGUAGCAUAUUUUGGUAUAUUCUUUCACAUAUCAUAAAUGCUACAAAUGAAGUCAAAAGGUUUAUCAAAUGAUAUUGAAUAUGUUGUGCUGAAAAACAGACAGAACAGGAUAUUUAAUUAUGAUAAAUAGUGGAAUAAGAAUAAACUAAAGAUGUGUCAAAUCCCAAUUUUCUCUAAUCCGAAUCUCGAAUAUGUAUCCCAAAGAGUACUUCAAAUAUACCUUUGAAUCCUAAUCUAGGUCUCAAAAUUCCAAAAUAAAAUAAUGUAUAAGAAAUGAAAAAUAUUAUACAUGGUUUUGUAACAUUUAAUCCUUUAAAUAUUUUAUUUGUGAACUAAGCUUCCAGAAUCAUAUAUACUGUAAUUAUUAAAAGUGUAAUAUUUUGGGGUGAAUGGUAACAGGAUGGGUAUGAAGAAAAACUUGUAAACUUCAAAGGUUGAAUUUUUUUUAAUUUUGUUUAUUUCCUCUAAUAUUUUUCUUCAAAUAAUUUUCUUUGACUAUUGAAUUCUACGAAUACUGAGGAUUCAAUGGUAUUUGAGAAUUUUAUUGGCCCAUCCCUAGUGUAAACAUGUUCUCAAGUUAUCAUCUUUAGUACUGUACUUAAAUAUUUUACACAAUAUCUAUCUAUUGACAGUGUGCAAGAAAAAUUAAUUUAAACAUAGAAAGUAGUGAUGGCCCGAUAUCCAAAAACCAGAUACCGAUAUUUCCAAAUUUACCGAUCCGAUACCCGAUACCCGAUAUUCCGAUAAUAGGCCUAUCUCAUUUCUAACACUGAUUCUAUAAAAUUGUGGUUCUGGAGUAUUGUUAGAGACAAUAAUGGGAAAUUUUAAAUAUCAAUAAAACAUACUUAUGUGAAUGUACAUUAUUUUUAUUAAUUGUAAGAUAUUGUAAAUUCACAUUAAAUUAAAGCUAAUAAAAAAUAUAAUAAUGGCCUACAAAUAAGCUCGCUAAAUUCAAGGUCUUAAAAAAUUAAAUUGUUUUUCAAGGCCAGAUAAAGCAAUAUUCAGUCAACUGGCAAAAACUUGUUGAAGGUAUAGAGAGAGAAUCACAUUUGUCAGAACCACCAACUUCUUUUUGAUGAUGCAGGGAUAAGUGAUUCCAUAAAUUUGCUGUAUUGAAUGUCCUAGCAGAUUUCCCACCACGCAAUAUUUCUUUACAGCAAUAAUUGCAAAUUGCUUUUGCCUUAUCAUUAGUUUUUACUUGAAAAUGUAACCAGAUGUCACUUUUCGGCAGCAUUGCGCAUUGUACUCACAAAACAAUACGAGAAUACUGUUAAUUAUCAAAUAUUGUUAAUUGUUUAUAUUCAAUUUAUUAUUAUUUACACGACGUCAUACUGUAAGCGUACGCAAUACGAAUCGAUUCGUUGCUGUAACAUAACAUAGCAUGUUAUGCGGUAUUAUAAGUAAAAAGUCACGUAACAAUACGAUAGUAACGGGUACUAAUUGUUAUAGUAACGAAUACAUACAGGUAUGCUUUUUUUCGUUACUUUUACACCUCUAAUAUUUGCUUAUAAUGUAUGAAUCACGAGUCACUGCAUGUACUUAUGACGUCGACCCAAGUGUCUCCCCGGCUCCUUCAGGCCGUUAUGCCUCGCCAGCGCCAUCUCUAGUGUGUGUUGUGCGACGCAAGUGACGAUGACGUGCGACGUUUGUUUUCUUUAUAGGAUUUGACAUAUUAUUUAUUGUAAAUAUAUUUUUGUUUUACGUUUUUGUACAUAAUUUUGCUUAUAUUUUAUUUUAAUUAAUUUUGUAUUGAAAGUUUUGUAUUUGUAUAAGUUUUAAUUGUUCACCGGGCGCCAAGGCCGCGGCUUCCGCCUGUGACCAAUCAGCGUGUUCCGCGGGCUCGCGGAGGGGGGGAGACGCGGGCGCUCCUGCACGCCAGGCAGGGGAGUGGGAGUUAGUAGUCGCCAGGACUCGGCAGACAGCGGUCACGCGAGUGUCAUCGCUCGGCGCUAGCGAGAGGGAGUCGUGGACCCGGCACGAGAGGCAUCGGACGUGUUGGUGACGCCGCUCCGGGACGGUGAGAAAAGCGGGCGCGGUAUUAGCACAGGUUUUAGACUUUUGCCGCGCUGAGACGUUUUCUCAACUUUGCAGUGGAGCUUGUCGAUUUGCUGUUACGGUCGCGAGUUUACAUUUUAUUAUUUCGCACACGUGUGUUCUGUUUUCAAUUCGGGCGAGUCGCGAUUCAUUUUUGCAAACUGGUCAUUCGCAGUCAUAGGUUCUGUGUUUUUUCAUUUCUUGCUGGCCAGUGCGGAGUACAGUCAGACAGGCAUCUUAUCACGUGCGGGUCAUAAGCAUUAUAUUCCUUACCGUGGGAGUAAUAGUCAUCACAUGCGGGACGUCCUGUAAUUUUCUUAACCAGAACAGUGCGCGGAACCGGGUUUCGACCCAUCUAGAAAUAGUCACAGGCAGAAACGUGGCAGCCCCAUGUAAAGUGUUCGGAGUCUUGAGUAUAAAGGACCAUCAAACUUUA